GAGCCCAUCCCACUCACAGCUGCUGUACCAAGCAGUGGGCUUGUCAUGUGUACCGAGUAACCAACAACGGCGUAAACUUUUCAUUUGGAAGAUCGAUCGCAUUUAAUUUGACAGCCAAACACAAAUCGAUACCAUGCUUAGACGGAUACUUCAAAUGACUCCUGGGAAAGGAGGCUCUCAGAACUCUGAGUCAGACCAGCCCAGUGCAGACUUCAACAAUGACCAGACCUCUGAGGGGUUCAUCUGUCCCCAGUGCAUGAAGUCCCACAACUCAGCAGAGGAGCUAUUCAAGCACUAUGAGCUGUACCACGAUUCAGGAGACCAGCCCUCACACAUGGGCCCUGGCCGUGAAGACCUUGUGCUUCUCCGGCAAGAGUUGCAAGAACUGCAGACUUCGCUCAAGGAGGAGAAAUGGUUCUCUGCGGAGUUGAAGAAGGAACUAGACAAAGUGCAAGGACACCUGAAGCAAGGUCCACAGAAUGAUGGCCAGACAGGAUUAGAGGAUUCUGCCUUGGUGAUUAAGCUGAACGAGGCGGAGACAGAGACGUUCAACAUCAAGCAGAUGAAAGACCUGUUUGAGCAGAAGGCUGCCCAGCUGGCCACAGAUAUUGUGGAUGUCAAGUCUCGUUAUGAUGAGGAGAAGAGCUUGAGGGAGGAUGCAGACCAGAGGCUGGCGAACCUGAGCCAGGAGCUGCAGAGAGAGAGGCAGGACAAGGACCGGCUCCACACUGAACUGCUGCAGCGGCCAGGAGUGGAGGACGUGGAGCUACUGCAGAAGGAGCUGAUUCAGGUGCAGACGUUGAUGGACAGGAUGACACGUGAGAGGGAGGAGGAGUCCGAACACCUCAAGAGCAAAUAUGAGCAGCUGCAGGCUGACCACACCAGCUCAGAGAUGACCAUCUCCCAGCUGAAGGCAGAGUUAGAGAAGGGACCUCAGGAGGCAGCUGUGUACACCCAGCAGAUUCACCAACUCCAGAGCUCUCUGAACAACCUGCAGCAACAGAGCCAGAUGCUUUCAGAGAAGCUGCUGCGCAGGGAGAAGGAGUUUCAGGAGCUGGAGGAAGGCCUGAGGGCCGAGCAGGUCUCCAAGAAGACAGCCCAGGCCAGCCUGCACCAGAGGGAGCUGGAGGUGCAAGAGCUCCAGGCCCGGGCAGUGAGUGCCGAGGCCAGCCUGCAGAGAGCCCAGGCAGAGCUGGCGGAGCGGGGGGAGGAAGCUGAGAGGCUUCGAAGGGAGUUUGCUGAGCUGGAGGCCAAGCACAGGGAGGUGAAGACUGAGAGGAAGCAGCUGCAGCAGCAGAGGGAGGAGAGGGAGAGCCAGGGCCUGGCGCAGCAGAGUGAGGUCUGCCAGCUGCAUGCUAAGCUGCUGGAGGCGGAGCGGCAGUUGGGGGAGGUGCAGGGCCGUCUGAAGGAGCAGAGGCAGCUCUCUGGGGAGAAACUAAAGGACCGUGAGCAACAAGCCGCCGACCUGCAGAUCAAACUGUCCCGCUCAGAGGAACAGUUGAAGGAGAACAGCAGUAAGACAUUGGACCUGCAGCACCAGCUAGAGAAAGCUAAGCAGCAACACCAGGAGCUCCAGGGCCUGCAGCAGAACACCAACACCAAGCUCAGAGAGGCACAGAAUGACCUGGAGCAGGUGCUGCGUCAGAUCGGGGACAAGGACCAGAAGAUCCAGAACCUGGAGGCCCUGCUGCAGAAGACCAAGGACAGCGUGAGUCAGCUGGAGGCCGAGAGGGAGGACCUGGUGGCCAAGAUUCAGGCCGGGGAGGGAGAGACGGCUGUGCUCAACCAGCUUCAGGAGAAGAACCACACACUACAGACGCAGGUCAUACACCUGACAGACAAACUGAAGAACCAAUCAGAGAGCCACAAGCAGGCCCAGGACAACCUCCACAAGCAGGUGCAGGAGCAGAAGACCCUUCUGCGGGCGGCACAGGACCAAGCCCAGGCUGUGGAGACCUCUAUAAAGGAAGUGAACACCCAGCUGACCGAGAGCAGGGAGAAGGUGGCCCAACUGGACACGCAGUUGAAGGCUAAGAUCGAGAUGCUGCUGUCGGCCGAGGCAGCCAAGGCAACCCAGAGAGUAGACCUGGAGAACCACCUGGAUACAGCCCAGCAUGCACUACAGGACAAGCAGCAGGAGCUGAGUAAGAGCCUGGCGUGUGUGGAGGAGCAGGGCCGGAGGCUGCAGGCGAGACAGGAGCAGUGUGGCCAGCUGGAGGCCAGUCUGAAGGAGGUCAAAGACAAACUACUGAUCUCAGAACAGCGCUUAGAGCAGCUGGAGGUGCGGGCCAAGAAAGCGGAGGCGGAGGGGGUGGAGCUGCGUGCUGACAGGAAGCAGGCCCAGCAGGAAGUGCAGAAGCUCCAGAAGCAGGAGUCGGAGGUCAAGGGAAAGCUGAAGGAGCUGGGUUGCCUAUUGGAGACUGAGAAGUCUGGAGCUGCUGCGUUACAGGUGGAGCUGAAGAGAAAAACCUCCUCCCUGAGUGACACGCGACAGCAGCUGGAGCAAUGUGAGCAGGAGAAGACCUCCCUCCAGGCCAACUUGGUCAAGCUAGCCCAGGAGGGGCAGGCGCAGCAGGCAGAGCUGGACAGGAAAGCCCAGGGCUUGGCCAGAGAGCUCCAGACGGCCCAGCAGGAGAAGGAGGCCCAGGGGAAAGAGCUGGUGGCGGUCAAGGAUGGCCUGGCUAAGGCCUCCAAAGCCAUGAAGGACAGCCAGAGCCAGCUGGACAAGGAGAGGAAGAGCAGCAAGGCAGUUCUGGAGGAGAAGGAGAAGUCCCAUGAGAAGGCCAGACGAGAGCUGCUGAAGGCCACAGAGGCCACCACAAAGGAGAUGGCAGAGGUCAAAGGGCAGCUGGAUAAGAUCAGAGAGGUAGAAAAAGGGCUGAAUAUGCAGCUGACUGCAUUAACAGAACAACACACCAAGACCCAGGAGGCCCUGAAAGAGAAGGAGAAGGGGGUGCAGCAGCUACAGGCACAGCUGACGACAGCCCAGGGGUCCUUCAGCCAGGAAAAGAAGAAGCUGGAAAGCCAAGUGACCGAGCUGCAAGGAUCACAUGCCAAGAAGGCUGAGGAGGAGGGUCAUCUGAGGGAACAGGUGUCAGGCCUCGGCCAGGAUUUGAGCUCUGAGAGGACCAGGACCACUGAGCUGCAGGAGGUUCUAGAGCAGAGUCAGCUAGGCCUGGUCAAGCUGCAGUCUGACUACUAUGGCAAGGAGUCAGAGUUGUCAUCUCUCAGACAGGACCUCAAGGCGUCUGAGGAGAGGCUGGCCCUGUCCCAGGAGGAGUUAUCUGCUAACCGGAUCCAGCUGACUGGUCUGGAGGGGCAGGUGCAGGAGGUAAAGGCUGCCAGGGCCUCCCUGGAGCAGGAGCUGGCUAAACGGGACCAGAAGCUUGGCCAGCAGGAGACGGCCCUCAAAGAGUUGCAGAAACAACAGGGUGUGACCCAGGAGGAGCUGCAGAAGGAGAGGAGCAGAGCAGAGGAGCUGAGCCAGACUAAGGCUGCCCUGGAGAAGGACACAACCAGACUGAGCUCUGAGCUGAAGGCACUCGGGGAGAGGAGUGACAAGGAGUUGAGGGAGCUGCGGGAAGCCAAGCAACUGUUGAUCCAGCAGAAGCUGGAGAUGCAGGGCCGGGUGGAAGAGGUGCAGGCAGCCCUGGAGCAGGAGAAGACCCUGCACCAGGCCACCAGAAACAGUGUUACCCAGAGAGAGGAGAAGCUAUGGGCAGAGACCCAGGAGAUCCAGGCCCAGCUGGCGUCAGAGCGUAAUGCUCAUGAGGGGCAGGCGAAGCGGGGGGAGGAGGCGGAGGCGCGGCUGGGCCUGCAGGUGACGGCGCUCAACGAGAACGUGGCCACGCUGAAGAGGGAGUGGCAGGGGAGUCAGCGGCACUGCGGCGAUCUGGAGAAGCAGACGGAUGAACUGCGGGGCGAGAUUGCCGUGCUGGAGGCCACCGUGCAGAACAACCAGGACGAGAGGCGUGCGCUGCUGGAGAGGUGUGUGAAGGGUGAGGGGGAGAUGGAGAAACUGCAGGCCAAAGUAGUGGAGAUGAGGAGGAAACUGGAUGAUACGACAGCCGCCAUGCAGGAGCUGGGCAGAGAAAACCAGUCACUACAGAUAAAGCAGUCACAGUCUCUGACCAGGAAGUGGGCAGAGGACCACGAGGUACAGAACUGCAUGGACUGUGGGAAGGGCUUCUCUCUCGCCAUUAGGAAGCACCACUGCAGACACUGUGGCAACAUCUUCUGUGCAGAGUGCUCCGCCAAGAACGCCCUCAUACCCUCAUCCAAGAAGCCUGUGCGGGUUUGUGAAACAUGCUUCGAAGAUCUCCAGGCCUGACACCCCUCUUCCCCCCACCCCCUCCCCCCAGUAGCCCAGCAACGGCAUGUCUCAUGAUGUCCAUUUUCUAUGUGCAUUCAUCUGGACUGAGGAACCAACACCAGUCUCUCUGUGAACCCCAUUGGACCAUGUGAAGCAAACAUACCUACUGAGCUUUGGAGAGGAGUAACCUGGUGAUGGGAGUGCAGAAGAAGUGGCCAGUCAACAUGGUGGCCGAUGUGGGUUCAGCAGGUAUCUCGACGUCACACAAGAAGAUGGGAACAUAAUGGAAGAAGCACUGCAGACAUUUCUGAGCUAUGUGAUGGAAUAGGCCGCAUCUGUAUAGUGCCUUUGCUGCUCCUGACCUGAAGUCGACAUGUCAGUCGGUCAGACAGAGUAUGGUAACAGGGAGAGCUCAACAGCAACAUCCAUUACACCACACAUCUAGCUAGAACGGCGGCCAUCUUGGUUUGGCAUUGUUUUCAUCUUGAGCAUUAACAAGACAGUUGACUGUAAGUUGGGUCUUGAAGGGUUGUACCGACUAACGGGUUAAGUUAACGAAAGGAUAUAGUUACCUUGAAAGGUGGAAAGCAGUGGUUAUUUGUUUUAGAAGUAUUUUGUUCACGACCAAAGAAUGUCUAACUGGAGGAGUCCAACAGUCCUGAGAGAUGGCCAUGAUAUGAAGCUAAAUGGAAAGCCUGGAUUUUUCAUACCUUUAUUUCUUUUCAAUGACUUUUUAAAUCUAGCUGAAAGCUUUGACUCAUAAGGUCAUACAUUUUAUCAAGAAUUCAGACAUGCUUGAUAUACAUCCGAAUGUUUUAUUUUUUUUCAAUGCUGCUCAUCUAUCUACAAAACGGAAGAACUUUUGUUUUUCACUGUCCACGUGGUUGGUUGCAUGUGCUUUUUCUGUCGCCUGUAUCCCAUUCAACAUCCUGACUACUGCAGGGGCUGUGUGUGCUCUGCUUUGAAGCAGCAGCAAUAACUGUCCACGUGUAUCUGGUGUGUGUGUGUGUAUAUGUGGUGCUUUAGGAAUGAAUGUGUAUCAGUAUGUGUAGGGGCUGCAGUGUUGUCAGUCUGCAUGGUGACUGUUUAAACCUUCUCUUAAGACACUUUUGUCCAUGUCGGUGUUGAUUUACACUAAUUGCUAACUCUUUACAACCCGUCAAAAACAGCACUGAUAACACUUUUAAAAAAUCUGGUCCUCAUUCAAGUAUUUUUUUGGGUGAUUCUCAUGAAACUAGUCAUCUGUAGCAAAUAUCAACUAUCAUUCUGAAGACAAAGUCCAGUUUUUGGCAGUCUUAUUUGAAAUAAAGUUUUCACCCCAAAUUCAUCUGUAUUCAAUUCUGAGGUAAUUUUAUGCUAGUUGAAGUGGACAUGUCUCAUUACCAUAACACUUUCAAGUUUCUGUAAAAACUCAAAUGUUUUUAAAUAAACUUUUAUUCACUCAUGAUGCAUCAUCUUGAGCAGGGUUUCCCAAAGUCGGUCCUGGGGCCACCCCCCGGGUGCACGUUUUGGUUUUUGUCCUAGCACUAUACAGCUGAUUGAAAUAAUCAAAGCAAACGAGCUCCCAGAGGCCCCAGGACCGACUUUUGUCCCCACUUGGUCUUCUCAUUACUGAUUUGGCUAAAAAGCUCAAAUUGGGAAAAAUCAGAACCAUUACCUUAAACAUGGAGGCAUGAAUGGGCUUUAGUGAUGUGGUCAAUUGUUUGCUGACUCAUAAUGGCUGUCUCCUAUUAUUUGCAGAUUGAGGUAAGGGCCUCUCAUUACCAAAACAAAUGUCUCAAUAAAUGUGGGGUGUAAAAACCCUGUUUAAAUUACUUUUAAGCCACGAUCAUCCGUUUGUGUUUCAGCAAAGAGCAACCCCACCACAAAGGAGAAUAUCCCCAAUUUUGACAUGUGUACCUGUUUUUCACACUAACCUAUACUGUUCAAUAUCCCAAGACAGUUGUCGUUCCACGUAUUUAGAUGCUUUAUAGGCAUAUUAUGUUAUGCCGUUUGCCCAUAGGAUCCCAUUCAUUCCAGAAAUACAUCUUUAAUAAAAUGUACAACCACAAAUAUCCACGUCCUAAUACACCAAUAUUACCUGUAAAGACCUUGGAGAAGUCUUUUUUUGCAGUUACGUUUAAGUCCGCUUUUGAAAAUACAUGCAUAUAAUUACAGUACUUAUACUGAAAUAAGUGCUAUUUUAGUCCAUCACACUAAAAUCAGUGAUUUUAGUCCUAUGCAAGGAUUAUUUGGGAUUAACAAAUGAUGAAACUGAUUUGUUGGGUUACUGAAUCUCUGGUAGAGAUCAGUACAGGUUUUUCAAUGGCAAAUUAUGCAACACUAAUUUCCGAAACCUGCUCAUCAUUACCGUAACGCGGAAAUAUUAGGACACAUUUAUGCAAUUGUGUCUUGAUCUGAUGUGUACGUAAAUUAAAUAAAACAAUUUGAAUGUAUACAUAUGUUAUUGAUUCAAAAAGGUUGUUACUGUAAUAUUUCCCGAAAUACAUUUUAAAUGUUUAACUCAGGCCUUUUCAUUAGGGAAGCAAUGUUAAAAAUAUUAUAAAUUGAUUUGUUUUACUAUUUGGGAGUUUAAAAAGUGUUGCGGUAAUGAGAAUUGUUGCAUUGGUAGUUGUAAAACGCAUUAUCUGAUCAAAAAACAAGACUAAUUAUGAGAUAGGAAAGUACAUAUCCUAAUCUCGGUGAUCCAAGAGGACAUUUAUUUUUUAAAUGUCAGUUUCAUGAGAAUGACCCUAAAAACAGUGCCUUCAGAAAGUAUUCACACCCCUUGGGAUUUUCCACAUUUUGUUGUUAUAAAGUGGGAUUAAAAUAUUUAUUUGUAUUUUUUUGUCAACGAUCUGUCAAAGUGGAAGUAAAAUUCUAACGUAUGUAAAAACAAUUAUGAAAAAUAAAACUAUCUUGAUUACAUAAGUAAAGAACCCUGAGUCAAUACAUGUUAGACUCACCUUUGUCAGCGAUUUAAAGCUGUGAAUCUUUCUGGGCAAGUCUCUACGAGUGUUAAACACCUGAAUUGUAGAAUAUUUGCUCAUUGUUCUUUUAAAAAUGAUUCAAGCUCUGUCAAGUUGGUUGUUGAUCAUUGCUAGACUGCCAAUUUAAGUCAAAACUGUAACUAGGCCACACAGUAACACUCAAUGUCGUCUUGGUAAGGAACUCUGUAUAUUUAGCCUGGUGUUUUAGGUUAUCGUCCUGCUGAAAGGUGAAUGUCUUCCAGUGUCUGUUGGAAAGCUUUGCCGAAGAUUAGCAUACCCAUAACUUGAUGCAGCCACCACCAUGCUUGAAAAUACUCAGUGAUGCAUUGUUUGAUUUGCGCCGAACAUAACUUUGUCCUGAUUACAAAGUGUUAAUUUAUUUGCCACAUUUUUUAGCAGUUUUACUUAAGUCCCUUAUUGCAAAACAGGAUGCAUGUUUUGGAAUAUAUUUAUUCUGUACAGGCUUCCUUUUCACUCUGUCAUUCAGGUUAGUAUUGUGGAGUAACUGCAAUGUGGUUGAUCCAUCCUCAGUUUAUCACAGCCAUUAAACUCACUGUUUUAAAUUCACUUUCCUUCCUCUCCGGAAACAGAGUUAGACCCGUAUCUCUGUAGUGACGGGGUGUAUUGAUGCACCAUCCAAAGUGGAAUUCAUAACUUCACCAUACUCAACGGAAUAUUCAAUGUCGGCUUUAUUUUUUACCCAUCUACCAAAUAGGUGUCCUUUAUUGCGAGGCAUUGGAAAACCUCCCUGGUCUUUGUGGUUGAAUCUGUGUUUGAAAUUCACUGCUCAACUGGGGUCCUCACUGAUAAUUGUAUGUGUGGGGUACAGAGAUGAGGUAGUCAUUCAAAAAGUGUUAAACACAUUGUACACAGAGACCAUGCAACUUAUGUAAAUGGUUAAGCACAUUUUUACUCAACUUAUUUAGGCUUGCCAUAACAAAGGGGUUGAAUACUUGACAUUUCAGCUUGUAAUUUUUAAAAACCUAAUUCCACUUUGAAAUGGUGGGGUAUCGUGUGUAGGCCCGUGAUUAACUCAAUACAUACAUUUUAAAUUUAGGCUGUAACACAAUGUAGAAAGUCAUGGUUUGUGAAUAUUUUCUGAAGGCACUGUACUGAUUUGAACUGUUCCUGCACUGUCUGGUCAAUCCACAGUAAAUGAUAAAGGCUCUUAGUUGAAAGAC